CCCGGACGCAAGCAAAGCCACGCGGGAGAGAUUUUUCCUAUUACAGCGCAAAAGCCAAAUCGGACUGCGAGGUUAAAAUUCCCUGACGUGGCCAGGGAUUUAGUUAAUUCAGUGGUGUAAGCGCCGGCCUGCAGGCACAAAGUCAUGAGUUUGAGGCCCAAUUAAAAAAAAAAAAAAAAGUUCCCUCGCGCAAAUCAAAAGUUCACUGGGGGCGACGGGUCCGGGAACCAGUGCGUUCCUGGAGACUACACUCACACCGUUUUUGAGUUUGCAAAUAGGAGUGUUUUAUCUUUUUUUUUGAAAAAGCGACCCCUAUCCCCGCGGUUCGGUCUGAAGCGUCCCCAGGUCCGGGCCCUUCCCCGAGGCUCGCGAGCGUCAGCUCCACUGGAGUCCCGGGACCUCCCUUGGCUCCCGGACUGCAGAAGCCGCGCUUUCCCUUCGUGGCCGGGCACCCGUCCUCCGGCCCGGGAAGACCCGCAGAGCCGGAACGCUCGCGGCGCGCGCCGCACUGGGCAUGCUCAGGGGCCGGCAGCUCGGCGGCGCGGGCGGCGGAGCGCCUGGCGGGUUCCCGCCGCGGCCGCGCGUCCUCGCUCGCCUCCCGCGCAUGAUGGCGGCGGCGGGCGGCGGCGUUGGCGGCGGUAGCGGCAGCGGCAGCGGCAGCAGCGACUCAGCCAGCACCGGCGAGGAGGAGCGCGUGCGGCGCCUGUUCCAGACGUGCGACGGCGACGGGGACGGCUACAUCAGCAGAAACGACCUGUUGAUGGUCUGUCGCCAGCUGAACAUGGAAGAGUCCGUGGUUGAGAUCAUGAACCAGUUGGGUGCAGAUGAAAACGGGAAGAUUUCCUUUCAGGAUUUUACAAGGUGUCGCAUGCGGCUAGUUCAAGAAAUUAGGAAGGAAGAAGUAGACCUCUCCGUGAAGUCAGACAACUGCUGUAAAAAGAAGCUGAGGGACCGAAUUGCUUCCUGGCCCACGAGCAGUGACAACAGUCUGGGUGCCUUAUCAGCAGCCAAGGAGAGCUGGGAAUAUGACUCUGGUGCCAGGGAUCUCCAGAGCCCUGACUUGCAAACUCAGUCAGCCCUACAGAAGCUGCUGGAGUGUGGCGGAAGCUCUUUGCACCGGCAGGCUGCUCUCCACAAACUGCUCACGCUGUCCCCACAGUUUGGCACCUCUGUAGGAGGAAGCUACCUAGAGCUGGCCAACACGCUCCAUCUGGCAGCCCUGGCAUCUCUCAGGGGAGAUAUAGUGGAGCUUAAUAAACGUCUGCAGCAGACGGAGCGGGAACGGGACCUUCUAGAGAAGAAAUUGGCCAAGGCCCAGUGUGAGCAGUCCCAUCUCAUGAGAGAACAUGAAGAUGUCCAGGAGCGAACGACGCUUCGGUACGAGGAACGUAUCACAGAGCUCCACAGCAUCAUUGCUGAACUCAAUAAGAAGAUAGACCGAUUGCAAGGCACCACCAUCAGGGAGGAAGAUGAAUACUCUGAACUUCGAUCAGAGCUCAGCCAGAGCCAGCAUGAGGUCAAUGAGGACUCUCGCAGCAUGGACCAAGACCAGACCUCCCUCUCCAUCCCCGAAAACCAGUCCACUAUGGUCACUGCGGAUAUGGAUAACUGCAGUGACCUGAACUCGGAACUGCAGAGGGUGCUGACGGGGCUGGAGAGUGUGGUCUGUGGCAGGAAGAAGAGCAGCUGCAGCCUCUCUGUGGCGGAGGUGGACCGGCACAUUGAGCAACUUACCACGGCGAGUGAGCACUGCGACCUGGCUAUCAAGACAGUUGAAGAAAUUGAGGGAGUGCUCGGCCGGGACUUGUACCCAAACCUGGCGGAAGAGCGGUCUCGGUGGGAGAAGGAGCUGGCUGGGCUGAGGGAAGAGAAUGAGAGCCUGACUGCCAUGCUGUGCAGUAAGGAGGAGGAGCUGAACCGGACCAAGGCCACCAUGAACGCCAUCCGCGAGGAGCGGGACCGGCUGCGGAGGAGGGUUCGAGAGCUUCAAACUCGACUGCAGAGUGUGCAGGCCACAGGCCCCUCCAGCCCUGGCCGCCUCACUUCUGCCAACCGCCCAGUUAACCCCAGCACAGGAGAGCUGAGCACCAGCAGCAGCAGCAAUGACAUUCCUAUUGCCAAGAUUGCUGAGAGGGUGAAGUUAUCAAAGACAAGGUCCGAAUCCUCGUCAUCUGAUCGGCCAGUCCUGGGCUCAGAAAUCAGUAGCAUUGGGGUGUCCAGCAGUGUGGCAGAACACCUGGCACACUCGCUUCAGGAUUGCUCCAACAUCCAGGAGAUUUUCCAGACACUAUACUCGCAUGGAUCUGCCAUCUCUGAAAGCAAGAUCAGAGAGUUUGAGGUGGAAACAGAACGGUUGAAUAGCCGUAUUGAACAUCUCAAAUCCCAAAACGACCUCCUGACCAUAACCCUGGAGGAAUGCAAAAGCAAUGCUGAGAGGAUGAGCAUGCUCGUGGGAAAGUACGAGUCCAACGCCACAGCGCUGAGGCUGGCCUUGCAGUACAGUGAGCAGUGCAUAGAAGCCUAUGAGCUCCUCCUCGCACUGGCUGAGAGUGAGCAGAGCCUCAUCCUGGGGCAGUUCCGAGCGGCCGGCGUGGGCUCCUCCCCUGGAGACCAAUCAGGGGAUGAAAACAUUACGCAGAUGCUCAAGCGGGCCCACGACUGCAGGAAGACGGCCGAGAAUGCUGCCAAGGCCCUGCUCAUGAAGCUGGAUGGCAGCUGUGGGGGAGCCUUCACCGUGGCCGGCUGCAGCGUGCAGCCCUGGGAGAGCCUGUCCUCCAACAGCCACACCAGCACCACCAGCUCCACAGCCAGCAGCUGUGACACGGAGUUCACUAAAGAAGAUGAGCAGAGGCUGAAGGAUUAUAUCCAGCAGCUCAAGAAUGACAGAGCGGCGGUCAAGCUGACCAUGCUAGAGCUGGAGAGCAUCCACAUAGAUCCGCUCAGCUACGAUGUCAAGCCCCGGGGGGACAGCCAGAGGCUGGACCUAGAGAAUGCCGUGCUGAUGCAGGAGCUGAUGGCCAUGAAGGAGGAGAUGGCGGAGCUGAAGGCGCAGCUGUACCUCCUGGAGAAGGAGAAGAAGGCCCUGGAGCUGAAGCUGAGCACACGGGAGGCGCAGGAGCAGGCCUACCUGGUGCACAUCGAGCACCUCAAGUCCGAGGUGGAGGAGCAGAAGGAGCAGCAGAUGCGCUCCCUCAGCUCCACCAGCAGCGGCAGCAAAGACAAACCUGGCAAGGAGUGUGCUGAUGCUGCCUCCCCGGCCCUGUCCCUUGCGGAACUGAGGACACCAUGCAGUGAGAGUGAGCUGGCCGCCGAGCUGGCUGGCGCCGUCCACAGAGAAAAGAAGCUGAAGGCCAGAGUUCAAGAGCUUGUGAGCGCCUUGGAAAGACUCACCAAGAGCAGUGAAAUCCGGCACCAGCAGUCCGCAGAGUUCGUCAAUGAUCUGAAGCGUGCCAACAGCAACCUGGUGGCUGCAUAUGAAAAAGCAAAGAAAAAGCAUCAGAACAAGCUGAAGAAGUUGGAGUCUCAGAUGAUGGCCAUGGUGGAAAGACAUGAGACCCAAGUGAGAAUGCUCAAACAAAGAAUAGCUCUGCUAGAGGAAGAGAACUCCAGGCCACACACCAAUGAAACUUCACUUUAAUCAGCACUCAGGCACCAAAGUUAGACCCUGGAACCACGUUCUAGCAGACCCGUGAAAGAAGGACCCAGAACAAGGACCUGUUGGGAGGAAAAGGAGGCACAAAGGUCAGCAGAUGGUAGAGUGCCGUGCCCUCAUUUCUAGGCAGAGUUACACUACGCUUUAGCCACGGACUCUGCUCCUCUCCCCUGGCUCAUGGACAGCGCACUGUGCGCAGUAGGUCUCGCUCCUGCCUUCCGCAGGCACUGUUUUCCUCCUUCCUGUGUAGCAGUGGGACCCAGUGCAUUCGUUUUUAUGAUUUUCCAGUCAACGUGCUUCUUUUGUAGAUAGUGGACUAAUCUUCUGGCAUCUUUAGUUUUUCUCCUUCCUCUUCCUCCCAAGGAAAACUGAAGCAGAGAUCUGUAUGUGUCCUAGCAUCUAGGACUGCCGAUUGCUUGUUCCAGUGAGAAUUGGGUUUUCCAGUCCCACAUUAUCAACUCUUGGCUGUCCUACUGAGGUAUCAUUGCGAGGCCCUCGGGGAGAAUGCGGUAAACCCUGGGCCGGCAUGCUGCAGUGGGUCAUCACUGAAAGCACUAAAUGUUCGCCAUUACUGCCUUAGGAUGGCACUUUCUCCCACCAGUUACAAGUACAGAUGCCAGGGAUGUGCUGAACAAUCCUGCAUUGCAAGAGUAGAUGCCCUUCAACCUUUCAUUUUAGAAGCAGGGCUGGGAAGGGAGCUCUCUUGAUUCUGAGAUUUUCCCUUCUCAAUGGGCCCAGUAAUAGCCACGACUUAAGAGCUGAGAAUUAUGGCACGUGAAAUACAACUAAAAUUCUGUUGGACUUUAAGAACUGAGAAGCAGGAUUAGCACUUUCCCAGCUCUUGGGCACUACAUAAUUGCUGCUCUGAUGAAUCAAAACUCAUCCCUGAGUGCAACUGGUGCUCUGGACCUUCUUUUUGUCUUUAAAGGCAAGAAGGUGUGCACUGUCAGACAGGAGACAGUAUUGGCAACACGGCUCCCACCUGCUGGAGUACUCAGCUGGGAACCUCAGCUGGGCCCUGAGCUCCUACUGUCAGGAAGGGGUGGGGAUUGCUGUUAGGCUUUCUGCUCUCCAUACAUGGUGAUAAUUAGCUUAUUCUGCUAAAGAGGUUCAGUUUCAGCCAAAGUGCUAACAGGGCGAGGCAGGACCUCAGUGCCCCCAAGUUCGCUCUUGGAGGUCUUCCACCUCAUUUUAUCAGCCUGUUUCUACUGCAGCCUUUACCACUUUAUCCCUUGAGUCUUUCACUUCUGCACUGAUAAAAUUAUAGGACCAUUUGCUGGUUUUUUCCUAUAGUUCCAAGACUAUACAAGUCCCUUAUGAGAAAUGGGUUCUGAUGUCAUGAAUAGUUCUAAACAGCUCACUACAAGAAAAUCUGUCCAUGAACUAUACAUCCAAGUUGGUCUGUUUUCAGAGAGCACAAGAAAAUUCCUCAGCCUGUAUGCUACAGGGAAAGGAAUUCCAGCCUAGAAUACGCAGUUCCUCCUUAAAAGCAACAAUCCUUCUUUCUGAGGCUAGCACAAAAGCUCAGCUCAAAGGAAAAAAAAGGUGUUUUGAGUCUGUAAGGGCCAGCCUUUGGGUACUUUGGUUGCUUUCAUUCUCCUUUAGUUCCUGUAAGUCCUGUUUUUAAAGUCAAUUUUCACCCUUUACAUGAAGCUGUAUUUUACCAAGAGGAACGUUUUAGCCGUAAAGUACAUGCAAACAAAGUUUACGAGAUGAAAUCGAUUUUCACUUUUCCCAGCUUGUCCUGGGCAGAUUGCGAAGUUCAUGGCUUUUGCUUUUGUGACUGAAUGAGCUUCAAAUGAAUAGUUUUCCUUUCCACCAGCCCUGAAAAGUGUGACUGGAGCAGACUAACGUCCUGCGACUGACCUGUGCCUCCUUUCCCUGCUGAUCCAAGAACCACUGUGUUAGGCCUGUUAAGUCCUCCAGAGAAGGGGCCUCGGCUCUUCUACCACGGCCCUAGCAGUACUCAUCCUGCCAGGCCUUCGUGUCAGUGUAGCGCCCAACACAGUACUUCUGUGUGGUGAAGGUUGCAAACUGUUGCCCAGCAAAAAUGUCACUUUUAUUAAUGUGUAUUAAAAAACCUAUAUAAUAGUUUUCACUUUUCAGAUACUUCUUAAAUAGUCUUUGUUAAGAGGUGAAUUGGCAGACACUUGGUUAUGCUAUGGAAGCUAUAGAAUUAUAUGAUUAAAUGGUAUCAGGUGCCUGCAUAAUUUUGCCUCUUGUAGCACGCUGCUGUACCUGAAUUAUUCUCUAGGAGCUGAUCUCCACUGACAUCUCCUCUGGGGGUAAACGAUCUUGACUUUUAAUUCCAAAUUUAAUCCUAAAUUGACUUCUCCAGUGUCUUUGGUAGUUGCCCCCAUUAAGCAGUCAUCUCUGUUCAGUCUUUGGUUCCUAGAGAAAUCAGCAUAGAGCAAAGGGCAGGUUUCACUGUCCCCCAGGACUGGACUUCCCAUUGCUGAGUUGAAGCAAAGGAAACCAACUAGGGCAGAAAUCACAGGCACGAAAUCCUUCCAUUCGCAGCUGGAGCGUCAUCAGUGUUUGAGCCAGCCAGCUGGAUCUGACCAACCCCACCCAUGUGUGUCAGCUACCAAACUGCCAUAAACAUACAGGCAGCAAGACAGAUUCCUUUUUGAGACUUACAUCACAGGUUACUUACGGUUAAAUACGUGAUCAGACGGUUGAGGUUGGCCACACUGUCUUUGCCGUGCUCUAGGCCCAGAUGUGCACUGCAUGUCCACUGUUGCUGGAGGUGACUGUGUCAUAUUUACUAUCUGCUGGCACGUCUAGUUAAUAUUCAUGCUGCCUGAGACUGGAAUGUUAGGCUAAUAAAAAAUUUAAGUGCCAAUUAAAAUCAGCACUUAAUUCUUCCAGAUGCAUGUAGGACUUCUAAGUCUUCCUCUGAGCCUGCAGCAGUAUUUUACAGGGAACUCUAAAUUAAAGCACUGAUGUUCCCUUCCAAAAAGGCAGUCCCAAGAGCCUAGAGGCUUUGUCCUUAAGCACUUACAUUGAGGACAGUGAACAUUUCACCACUCUGUGGAAAACCAGAAACUAUGUGAAACCUUUCUAGUUACAAUGUAAAGAUACAACCUUAUAAGGGAAAAAGAAAUUCUCCAUAUUUACCUGGACAGGGUUGGGCUGCCUCUGUUGCUGACAUGAAUUAAAUUUCCUGUGGCCUACGGGAAUAACACUGCAGUAGUUUCAUUUGGACCUUUUCCUUAAAACUCUGAAGAAUUUGGAGUAUCAGGCUCAUGUUUUAAAUGAAGCGAUGAGAAAGGCAUCAAGAUAUAAAAGAAAAUCCAAAAUUCUAUUCCUGACACCUGAAUGUGUCCUUUUCUCCAUCAAGCUGUGCAUUAGCUGCAGAUAAACGGGAGUACGUCGCAUGCAUUCUGUAAAUUCAUGCUGAGCUUACAGCUUUCACCCACUUCUAGAUGCAGCAAUUAGAGCUAGAAAGUACUGAGAAGUGAGGCGACUCUGUGAUAGUCAGAAUAUCUAUACUAAACUUCAUUAGGGUGCAGCCAUAGGGUUGCCAAAGUUUUUUGUGGGGGCGGGCAGUGAGAGCAUAUGUAACAUUUUUGUUUUUCUAUAGUAUGUGAUAGCUUUGUAGAACACUUUGUCAUUUGGGGGAAAUUGAUUAUUUUUCUAUGUAUCCAAUGGGAUAGCCUAUUUUGACAAGGAAUGAUACAAUCACCACCUUUGAUUAAGGCUUGCAGACUCACUCUGGAGUUUGUAGAACAGGUAUAACUUGAUACAAAAUAAAAAUUAUCAUUACAUAAAGUUGUUUUUGAAGUAUAUCCAUAACUGAACCUUGUGUUUUUCUGUGAGGCUGAGGUUUUCUCCCAACUGUAGCCUUCUGAAGUACCUUCUGUUUCAUACACAGAAGUUACUCUCUGUAUUCAGUGAUAGAUGCCUUUGCUGCAGAGAACUUUAGAGUUGGAACCAGAACUAUCAGUUCAUACAAUGCUGGCUGUUUUCACCACAGCAUUACUGAACACUCAGUUAUUAUUAAAAUACAAAAGGUGGAAAAGGGUACAGUGGUUUACCAUAUUUUUGUUUGCUAAUGCUUCUGUGGAGGAAGAUAGAUUCACAUGCAGAUAACCAUUUUUUGGUUUAGUUGUAUUUGAUUAAUUCUACAUUACUUGAUUUUUCAUGUGCACAAGACAAAAAAACAAAAAAAUCAUUUGGGCCCAGAAACGGCAGUCUGCUAUUGGAAACCAUGUCCGUGACGAGUAGCGCUUGACCUUUGCAGGGAUUCCUCUGCUGAUCAUCUGGAAUACCAGUGGGCAGGACAGCGACUUGCACACAGUACCCCUCCCCCACUCACUCUGGUCCCUGAUGAAGCAGUGCUUUCUCUACCAUUCACUUCUGCACUGUCUCCAGAUUGCCUGUUGUGGAACUCGCAGCAUCUACUUAAAGUGCUCAUGCCAGGGGGGCCAAGUGAGAGCCCCUAACAGGCUGCUUUUGUUUCAACCUAAUACAAAGUUAGAGACAUGUCACUUUCCUAUUUUGUUUUUAGCUUGUCAAGACUUACUUUGCAUGAGAUUUAAGUUUCCUAUUUGAAAAUGUGCUCCUUUUUUUAUACCACUUGAAUUACUAGAAAAUCUGCUUGAAUGUACUGUCAGUUGUUAAAGCACGUGUGUCUAAGUUUGCAUUUGUCAGUAUUGUUCUGCUGUUUGUAUUGAAAGUCUCAUUUUAAAGUUGCUACUUAACACUGUACUAUACUUUGUAAUUUUUUUAGAUUCUUCAUUUACAUGCUUUAAAUGUUCCCAGAAGCCUUUAGUUUUAGCUGCUGUAAAAUAGCUACUCUGUAAUUUGAUAUAGAAUUGUUUAAAAAAAAACUCCAUUUAUUUAUACAGAGACAUUUAUAAUAUUUUACAAACAUUCUUAUAUUCUGAAUAAAUAUUUCUAAUUCUA